CUUCGACAACCUUAACAGUUUGCCCCACCAUGGGGAAUCCCACCUAACGUCGAUUUGGUCAUGCACGAAUUACAAUCAUUUUAUUCUAACCAUCACGUCGCAUAUCAGUAUCAGCAUACACUACGAACAAUCGUCAGCCGUCAACGGAUGCGAGGUUGAGUUGGCAGUAUUAUUCUAGAAUACCUCCGACCUUGGAUAAUUAUCACAUGCAAUUAUCUAUAAAUCAUAAUGGGUCACUUAAGCAAUGACGAGUUCUUCGUCAAGCUCACCGAGCUCUUCGAUCAAAAGAAAGGCAAAGACCACGGUUCCAUAGUUUUGGUGCAGAAGAGAUUAACCCACGAGCAGCCCGUACCAGAACCAACAAGCGAAACCAUACUCCCCGACCUCCACCCCCCACGGCCCAUGCCCGUGCUCAUCCGGGCGACAAACGCUAAAGGCAAGAAGCGACGUGAGGACAAGAUCAAAUUAUCAACUGUAGUCGAGCCCGACGCUCUCCCCUCUUUCUUCGAUAGAUACGCCGAGGUGUGCAAAGCCGGCAUGGCAACGUUGAAGCCGAGAGAUCGUAGUAAGAGGAAGGGUAAGGCCAAGAAGAAGAAGGGUGCUGCUGCGCCUGCUGGUUCUUGAUCUCAUGCGUGGAGGAGCUGCAUGGUUAUCAUUACCGCCUUCCUUCCCGUCCUAGAGAUCGGCCUACUAUUUCGCCCCCGCACCAAUAUUGUCUUGUGCGACUCUAGGCUUGAAAAAAAAUCCGAUGUCAUGUUUUUGGGAUGAGCACGCGCAUUCAGAAUAGGCGCCAUUAUCAUCACCGUUAUUGUAUAUCGGAAAGUAUCUGCCCGUCCUACGAGAGACCGGGAUCUAUAGCCAUCUAUUAAGCUUGGGUAGCUAUGAGCUUCUAGGGUAUAGGUAACUUGUUCAGGCGCAAGCACCGCCCCCAGUUGGUUAUAUUCGACCGAGAACCUGAGAUACCCCAGUAAAUGAUAUGGAAUUCUUACAAUAUUCUCAGUCGCUCACCUUGCUGCUUGUCUUCAUAAUCUUACCUUAAGCAAUAUAUUUGCCCUUGUGCCCCUAGUUGAAUUUUUCCUGCCGUUACCUUCUCUCUCUCAAUAAGCUACUAGUGUAUAUACAUAGGUUCAUAGUUACCCUACCAGGCGUCCUGUGACGGGUGAGUUUAACAAUUGCAAUUAUGCGCUUGUAGCCUUUGAGCCAAUCUUUUAAUAGAGGCUUCGAGUAUUCACCGUCUGUCCAAUGAACCAUAUUCUACGACUCCUAUUAGGUAUUUUUAUCUAUACAUUAGCUAUAUGAAUAGCACGACCAAAGGAUGCUCAUGCUCCAAACCCAC